GCAAAAUCGAUUAUUAUGACAGGUUAUGCACGUCCAUUAGUUUCAUUAAUUUAAGAGAAAAUCAAUUUAUUACGUUAUAUGUAGCUUAUUGCCAUGCAGUGAACGACGACGUUUAUAAUUUGUGGAAAAUCAAGACAAAUCUUAUUCCCUCUGGUUCAAAGCCUAUACAAAGAGGCAUGUAAUAAGGCGACGGAUGUAAUAAGUCUCUGAAGCUAGGGUAGUUGUGGGCAUUUAGAGUAGACUUCUUGAGCAAUGGAUUUCGGUAAAAUCGAAGAUAUUGCCGAAAAUGAUGUCUUCAUAAGCGCUAAGAACGCAGCAGUCUGUCGGCAGAAAUGGAUCAAAAAAAUUCGGUUUCCAGAUGAUGCGGCCUGUAUACAAGACCAGGAUAAGCUUCUCAACCGUCAGGAAUCUACAGCAGAAACCGCUCAAAAGGACGAAGAAGAUGAAUUUAUCCGAAUAUGUAUCAACGAACCAAUUGGAAAGAAAGUUUUCAACGAGUUUUGCGAAAAGGAAUCACGUGAUGUUCAAAACACUCUUAAAUUUUUAGCAGACAUGACGAAAUUUGAGAUGACGGACGCCAAUGAUAUGCAUAAGUUUCUGGUUAAGAUUUCAUCUCUGUACUUCCAAAAAGAUUCAACUUAUGAAUUGGUUUUUGUCAAAGAAGAAACGAAAGAAAAAGUUCUUUUUUUACGAAAGGACAAACGUCUAAUUUAUCUUGUUACAACAGGUGUCGUUGGCAACGAUAGACUGACAGACUUAGCGAGAAAAAGCGUAUCUGAUUGCAAAAGCGAAGCGCUAUCCGGUAUUUUGCAAGACGCCUUUCCGAGGUAUAAAAAUUCGGAAAAUUUCAAAAAAUAUUUGAAAUGGAAGCAUUUAGAAAAACAACCCGUUACGAACGAUUGUUUCACAAAAUUUCGUUUGCUUGGAAGAGGAGGUUUUGGAGAAGUUUACGCUUAUCAAGAAAAUAUCACAGGCACAAUGUAUGCGUGCAAGCAAAUUAAUAAAAAGCAAAUGAAGGCAACUGGAAGCGAAAGCAUAGUUUUAAUUGAAAAACUAGUGCUGGAAAAAAUAAAUAGUCGUUUCGUCGUAACGCUAUAUUACGCCUAUCACGACAAGACCUGUCUCAACCUGGUUAUGAUGUUGCUCACCGGUGGAGAUUUGAAAUUUCAUGUUAAAAAAGACAAGAAAAACAAAGGUGUUAACAAGGAAAGAUGCAAGUUGUACGCAGCUCAGAUUACUGUUGGAAUCGAUCACUUACAUAAACACAACAUCAUCUAUCGAGAUAUGAAACCCGAGAAUGUACUUCUAGAUGGGAAAGGAAAUUGCAGAAUAGCUGAUUUAGGACUUGCACGCAUUCUUCAAGAAGGCGAAAAAAUUACGGGCAAAGCCGGGACAAUAGGUUAUAUGCCUCCAGAAAUGCUGAUGAAACAACCUUAUGCGUAUGGCGCGGAUUGGUUUGCACUUGGAUGCACGAUAUAUGAGAUGUGUGAGGGUAGAAAUCCUUUUUUUGUUCGAGAUAAGGUCUCUAAGAAGAUGGAUCAACAAAAAACUAUUGAAAAAACUUGUCAAACCAAGGAAAGUUACAAACGGGAUCAUUCUAAAGACCUUAUUGAUUUGAUUGGAAAGUUACUGGAGAAAAAUGUAGAAGACAGAUUAGCUAAGGAUGAAAAGUCUGCCCAUGAAAUAAGAAACCACCCGUACUUCAGUGAUAUGGAUUGGGAAAAACUUGAGGCGGGGGAAAUCCAACCACCAUUUGUGCCAAAUGACAAAGAGGUUUAUGCCGACGACGUUUCGGAUAUAAGGCUGAAAAGUUAUGCAAAAAAUGUUAAAUUGGAUGAAAAAGAUGAAGAAUUUUACGAGAGAUUUUCAACGGGAAGAAAUCCGAUUCCAUGGCAACAGGAAAUUCUUGACAGUGGAACAUAUGAAGAUAUCAUGAAUCAGGAGGCGAACAAGAACGUUGAUACCGGCGCCAAUUCCACAAAGAAAAAGUCUUCAAAAAUUUGCACAGUUUUGUAACUGCGACAAAUAAAUAGCCUACAAAAUGCGAUUAAUUACACGUUAAACUGAUUGGAGAACCAACAAAAUAAUUUCUUCCUUUUCUUACCCCUUUAUUGAAUGGAAAGUAUAUAUUUGCUAGUUCAUUGUUAUCUUUGUCAGAGACUUACUGACUGUUCUUUAAAUUUCUGCUGUUUGUUUUUUUAUCUUCCGUACAAUAUACAACAGUGAAAUAAUUUGUUGGUUUGCUUCGUGCAAACUAAAAAAAUCCAUACCAAUCAUUAUCUCAAAAAUAACACCGGAAAAAAUAUUUGUUCAUGGAAUUUGAACUGACGGCGAUUAUACAUCGUGAGACUUUACAGUGGCACUCUUUACAGACUACCAAACAACCAAUGUUCAAUUCCCCAAAACAUUGUAACACCUCCUAAUACUGAUAUUUUAUUGGUGUUAGUUUAUUUAGGACUAUUGUUCAUAUUUUCAAAUAGACAUGUUUUCAUAUAACUCCUACU